AUGGCGUCCAAGGAGAGCCAGAUGACCGCCACGCUCCUGACCUCCAUCCUGGCAGCUGUGUUCGGAUCCCUCCAGAUCGGCUACCACACAGGCAAUGUCAACGCCCCAGCCAGGAUCAUCGAGGAGUUCUUCAACCACACCUGGAGGUCCAGACAUAAUCAGUCGAUGCCAGAUCACAGCCUGACCUUCCUGUGGUCCCUCUCCGUCAGCAUCAAGGACUUUGGAGCCCUGCUGGGGUCACUAGGGGUCAAGUGUCUGGCUGACACCUUCGGCAGGCGUAACUCCAUCCUGAUAGUGAAUGCCCUGUCGGUGGUGGGAGCCUGUCUGAUGUUUGCCUCUAAGGCCAAUGAGUCAUUUGAGAUGCUGAUUGUUGGCCGGCUGGUGUUCGGUCUGUUCUGUGGCCUUGUGAUGAGUCUCAACCCUCUCUACAUCCAGGAAGUCUCCCCCACCAACCUCAGAGGGGCCUUCGCUACCCUCAACCAGGUCUCUUUCGCUACGGGCAUACUCUUGGGCAUGGUAGCUGGUCUUGAAACAGUGCUGGGAACAAAAGAGCUGUGGGCUAUGAUGUUUUCCCUGUCUCUGAUACCUGCCCUGCUACAGUACCUGGCCCUCCCCUUCUGCCCUGAGAGCCCUAGAUACCUGCUCAUCAACCGGGGCCAGGAGAGCCAGGCAGAGACUGCCCUGUGGCGUCUGAGAGGCCUGUCAGACGAGGUGUUCACGGAGCUGGAGGAGAUGAAGCAAGAGGCGGCUCACACCCAAUCAGCCCUCACCGUCAAGGAGUUCUUCACGAAACGCUCCUACCGACAGCCAAUCAUCAUCGUCCUCAUCGUUAACCUGGGCUCCCAGCUCUCAGGCUUCAACGCGAUCAUCAAUUAUUCCACCAAGAUGUUUGACAAGGCUAACUUUGACGAAGCCAAGUAUCUGACGCUGGGGGUGGGGGCCGUGAACGUGGCCUUCACUCUGGUGGCGUUCUUCCUGAUGGAGAGGGCGGGGCGUAGGAAACUACUGUUGACUGGCUUCCUGUGUCUAGCUGUGUGCAACCUCUCCAUGACCGUCAUAGACUCAGUCCUGUUCCUUGUCCCAGAGCUGCGUAACCUGCAGGUGUUGGUCGUGUUCUUCCUGAUCUCAGCCUAUGAGGUGGGACCUGGCCCUAUUUCCUGGUUCAUCGCUGCAGAGCUGUUUGACCAGCCAGCCAGACCAAUCGCCAUGGCCUUCACCAGCAUGCUCAACUGGGGAGGGAAGUUCAUGCUGGCCCUGCUAUUCCCUCCACUACUGAAACUGUGUGGUGCUUACGUGUACCUCCUCUUCACGACCAUGGCUCUGACAGCCUUCAGCUUCACUUGGAGACGCCUACCUGAGACCAAGGGACGCACCUUCGAUGACAUCGCCGCCGAGUUCCGAGAGUCCGAGGGCAUCCCCCUGCAAAAUAAGACUGGUUUCAACACCUUCCCCUGACCUGAACGUCCUGGCCCCUCUCACCUUACCCCUGACCUGAACGUCCUGGCCCCUCUCACAUUACCCCUGACCUGAACGUCCUGGCCCCUCUCACCUUACCCCUGACCUGAACGUCCUGGCCCCUCUCACCUUACCCCUGACCUGAACGUCCUGGCCCCUCUCACCUUACCCCUGACCUGAACGUCCUGGUCCCUCUCACCUUCCCCUGACCUGAACGUCCUGGCCCCUCUCACCUUACCCUGACCUGAACGUCCUGGUCCCUCUCACCUUCCCCUGACCUGAACGUCCUGGCCCCUCUCACCUUCCCCUGACCUGAACGUCCUGGCCCCUCUCACCUUCCCCUGACCUGAACGUCCUGGCCCCUCUCACCUUACCCUGACCUGAACGUCCUGGCCCCUCUCACCUUCCCCUGACCUGAACGUCCUGGCCCCUCUCACCUUACCCCUGACCUGAACGUCCUGACCCCUCUCAUCUUCCCCUGACCUGAACGUCCUGGCCCCUCUCACCUUACCCCUGACCUGAACGUCCUGGCCCCUCUCACCUUACCCCUGACCUGAACGUCCUGACCCCUCUCAUCUUCCCCUGACCUGAACGUCCUGGCCCCUCUCACCUUCCUCUGACCUGAACGUCCUGGUCCCUCUCACCUUCCCCCUGACCUGAACGUCCUGGCCCCUCUCACCUUCCCCCUGACCUGAACGUCCUGGUCCCUCUCACCUUCCCCCUGACCUGAACGUCCUGGCCCCUCUCA